AUGCUUGCGCCGUCGCACGCCAUCUUGCUUGCUUUGAUUAGAUUGUUUGUAUUAAAUGCUUUAACCGGUCCCUCUGAUUAUUUAUCGGGUAAUCCUGAUUACUCUUGUAGAAACUUCCUUACAUGCUUUCCCUUUGAAUUUUCCUUUACUAUGAUUGGUAUGGGCGAUGACAUGUCUGUAAUGGCGUACGAAGUGGACUGCUGCAUGCUGGAGCGGUAUUGUCAUGAAUAUCAUCUUUCUCCUGUGAUUGGGUUCCAGGUUCUGUCUUCGUCUUCUUCUAUUCUUGAUGCCCCACCUGGUAAGGUUGGAUUCUAUCUUCGACAUCUUGUGGUUACCCCUGUCUCGCAUCUUCUUAGAGAUUGGAGUAAAUGCUCUUUCCACCUAACGACUUAUUUGGCCGGUGAUAUUCCACCUGAGUCAAUUGUAGUGGAUGACGUGGUUCCUCGAUACGUCUUUCCCUUGUCUAUUUGUCAUGUGGCCCCCAAACCAGUUGGUGGGUGUCCAUCUUCUGUAGUGUUUGACGAAGAGCCGAAUGAAGCAGUGCAGAAAAAAUUAUCUCUGCCGUACUCGGGCGUGAUUUACAGGUAUCCUUAUGUGGUUAGACUGCCUUUUCAUCUGCCUGGUCAACAACAAAUUGUAUAUGGGGAAGACGAUGAUAUUGACGAUGUUCUCGACAAACCUUCUGUUGCUUCUUCAAUGUUCACAGCUUGGAUGGAGUGUAAUGCAGUUAACGGUGAUGCACGGAAACUUACGUAUGUUGAAUUCCCUACAAAGUUUGUUUGGCAACGCGGUGAUAGGAUUUGGAAGCCACGGGAAGUAGGAAAGUGCAUUGGUAGAAUUCAUUCGGUUUCACCUAAUCUAGGGGAAGCUUAUUUCUUAAGAAUUUUGUUAAAUAAGGUCAAAGGUCCGAAAUCAUUUGAAGAAAUUCGCACAGUAAAUGGUGAAGAAUAUUCUUCUUUUAGAGAUGUUUGUUAUGCUCUUGGGCUCUUGGAUGAUGACAAGGAAUACAUCGAUGCAAUCAAAGAAGCAAGUCAUUCUGGAUCUGGUUUUUACCUACGAUUUUUAUUUGCUACAUUAUUGAUGUGUAACAGUAUGUCUAAACCGGAGGUUGUUUGGGAAAACACAUGGGAAUAUUUGGCAGAUGAAAUUCUUUAUAACCAACGACGGAGAUUCAAGUCUCCAGACUUAUCACUCAAUGAAGAUCAACUUAAGAACUUAACUUUGUUCGAGAUAGAACAAGUUUUACUAAGGAACAACUCCACUCUCAAAAAUUAUAAAAACAUGCCUAUCCCAGAUGUAGAUUCUGUUUCUUCUUCAAACAAUCGACUUAUCACUGAGGAGCUAGAUUAUGACAUUCCUGUUAUGAAGACUGAAUUUGAUCGUAUGUUUCUUGCAUUGACAAAUGAGCAGCGUCACAUUUUCCUUGAUAUCAUGGGUGCAGUUAAAGAAAAUAAAGGAAGUGUCUUCUUUGUUUAUGGUUAUGGUGGGACUGAUGGAAUGGAAAUCUUUUGUGUUAUAGAUUUUGAAGGCGUGUGGAAAGGGGUGAAGUGA